CGACGUCGCGGCGCCCAGCGCCUUCACCCCCGCUCUCCACCGCCGUCGCCCCUCUCCCCCGAUCGCUGCCGCCAUCGCCCCUGUCUCUCCCUCCGUGCUCGCCGCCGCCGUGACCUUCGCUCGCACCCCCUCCAACUCGCACUCGCCGCCGCCGUGACCCUCGCUCGCACCCCACUCCAACUCGCGGUGCCGUCGCCACCCCCCUGCCUGUCCUCAUCGCCGCCGGUCUCUCCCCCGCGAGUCGCGGGCAUCCGGCUGGAUCUGGCAUGGGCGGCGACCCCCGGCGCGCGGCGCUGACUCCAGCCAGCGAUGCGCGGGUCUGCGGCCACCCGGCAGUGCGUGGGGUCCGGCACGACCGGGCACGUCCAGGCGUCCUCCUCCGCGGCUGGCGGCGGCGGGACCCCUGACCCGCAGCACACCGUUUCCAGCCUCGAUGGGACGCUGAAGCUGGACAAGGACAUUCUGGAGCACGAUUGGAAGCCGCAGGUGGAGCUGUGGCUGCUCAUGCUGAGGGACGUGCUCGAGGAGCAGGGGUAUUCAGAGGCUGAGAUCGAUGUGCGCGUCAAGGAAGAGCCCAAGGCCGCCGAGACCGAGGCGGCGGCGGAUGAAGGCCGGCCUCGUGCCCAGGGCGAAGGGCAUCAGAGGCAAUUAGGCGUGCGGCCAGCUCAAGCUCUUGCUCACAACAGCGUUGGGCGGACCGAGCAGAAUGCUAACACUUGCAUCUCGCUAUUCCUGAGAUUCCUCCGCAAGCAGCCAAGCACCUUCUCUGUGACUUUGCCGGCACAUAGGAGCAAGAACAUUUUCAAUGCUCUCUUGAAUUAAGUAUGCAAAUCUGCAGAAGGAAGCCACAACAUUACAUUAUGAUGUUCAAGCAGGCGCCCUACAAACCGUGAAGUUACUGAUCAAGUACAGGGUUGAUGUCAAUGUUUCUGAUAAUGCAGAUCGGUACCAUUUCAGAUCAUCCCAAUACUUUCCAGGGACAUAUUAAUUUCUCUUAAAAAUAUUUUCUCUCAUGCAGGAUGGAUGGACAUCAUAGUAUUUUGCCAUACCGAAUAGAAAUAGAGAUAAAGCAAAGGUAUUGCUUGUCAACGGUGUGGAUAGAACAAGAACAAAGGUUUUCCCCUAUGGUUUCAUAUAUCUUUGCUGAUGAGCAAUAUAUACCAAUAAAUUAUGUUGUCUAUGAGGCAUCAUGCAGGCAUUUUAGAUACACUCUCUGUGGUUUCACAAAAUAAAUUGAGUGGCUUCAGAAGUGAUGAUGUAAAUGAUUUAGUUCUUCAUCUACAUGGUUGCUCAGGUAGGUACUGCACAUCACAACAAAAAUAACCUUUUUACUUGCAUUAUUAAUUUAUCAUGGUUCAUUGUUAGGCCUUUUGAUUUUACAGCAAAUAGCCUUGUACAAGUCUGCCUGUACUCCCAAAUAAAUUGGGAAAUGUACAUGUAGAUGAAGUAUUCCUCUUGGUCCAGUAAUCUGUUAGCGUGAACCUUUUUUUUUUUGUGGUGGUGAGGGCCAUAUGAGGUGCGACCAGUGAUAUCAUUAGCGUUUUUUAUCUAAAAUUCUGAAUAAUGGUCAUUUAAUUUCUGUUUGCAGGUUUAUGUUUUCCAUAAAUGUGAUUCACAAUGACCUAAAAUUAACAACCUGUAUAUUGCUCGUGAGGGCCAUAUGAGCCGUGACAAGUGAUCGUUCGUGAAUUUUUCAGAUUGCCCUGCUAGCUGCCUAGCUCUGAUGAUAUUUGAAGUUUUGGACUUUGAAGCAGAUGACCAGUUUCUUCUGAUCUCUGUUGGGUUUGGAUGUGAGCAGUGUCCUAGGACUCAGACCAGCGUGCUCUGAAGUUAAUGUUAUGUACUCGUCGUUUUCUUUUCACUACACCUUUGUUCUCGACUGCAACUUGUGUUGAAGUAACAAAAUUCACAGAACGCAGAUAGCAUUUUGAAACCAUGGCCAUGUGAUCAACAAUAAAUAACUUGAAAGAGUUAAAUUAUUAUUCUGA